AUGCAACACUCACCAUCAAUCAGUACUGAACAACAGUCAUUAUCGACAACAAUCACUUAUAAUUCAAGUGAACAGAGUUUAAAUAAAACUAAUAAAUUAAUAAAAUGGUGUCGAAUAGUAAAACGUAUUGUACAAUUUUUUCGAUUUAUGAAAAUUCCUCUACUUCGUUCACGUUUCAUCGAUAUGAUUAAUCGUAUGUCUAUCGAUAAUUUCGAAUUCGAAGGAUUAAGUGGCUAUAAAAUGAAUAAAAUAGAAGAAGAUCUUCUUUUUCUCGAUGAUAUUAAACGUUAUCAAGAAGUGUUCAAUACAUUUUUAUCAUUUGGUUUUGUCUGGGAAGAUAAAGAAUUUCAAAUGGCAAAACUCAAAGCAAAUUAUAUCUAUGAUCAUUAUAUGUCGACAUCUGAAGCAAUAGCAAAAACAAAUAUACCAAUAGAUACAAUACCAUUAAUUUAUAAUCGAAUAGCUUCACCUAAAAUAUUUUCAUCACUUACAUAUUUAAAUUUAUUUAAUGAUGCUGAGAAAUUUAUUAUUGAAAAAAUACUUAUGAUCUUUAUGCGGUAUUGA